AUGAAGAAGUGUUUAGAUAAGGAGACAGAUGCUCCCCUUCAUUUCAAAUCUUCCCUCCAAGAUCCCUCUAGUUGUCUGUAUACAUGCAAAGCUGAAGAGGAUGACUGUUGUAAGUGGAUAGGAAUCAUGUGCAACAACAAAACAGGUCAUGUCAGAGAGCUUGAUAUGAGCUUAUGUGGCCUUGAAGGUGAAGGUAGCGGGGAACGUUGGAAAUCGAGAUUAGGGAGCCAUAUGAAUCGCCCACUGCCCACACUGCAACUUGCGAGUUCAUUGAAGAUUUGAAGAAGGCUGAAAUCGGUUAUUAGAUUCAAGGACAAGGACACCACUCACCAGGCUGCAUCAGUUCAACAUAUUUCACAAAAAAAUCAGGUGUAUUCUUUUCUUAAACUAGUUUUUACUUUAUUGUCAUUUUUCAAUUAUAAAAUGUUUUCUAAAAAACACUUAUCCGGUAGUGAAAAACGAAAAAAGCGAAAAAAAAUUUAGGCUUCUUUACAAAAAGAAAAAGGUUCUAUGGUUAAAUUUUUAAAACCAAUGAAUUCCAAUGAAAAUGUUGCUAGUGUUAAUGAAGAAAACAUUAAUUUAAAUGAACAUGAGAAUAAUGAAGAAAAUAUUAAUUUGAAUGGACAAUAUAAAAACAAAGAUGAAAAUGUUGCUAGUUUGAAUGAAGAAAAUAUUAUUUUAGAUGAACAUGAUACUAAUACAAAUGAACAAAAUACUAAUUUAAAUGAAUCUAUUGAUAUUUUUGAACCUAGAAAUUGGGAUACUCUUGAUAUUAAAUCAAGAGAUAUUCUAAUUGAAAAAGGGCCAAUAAGAGAAAUGAAUCUUGUGUUUUAUACUAGAAAGUUAAAUAAUGGUUAAAUAAUAGUUUAUCACGUGAUCGAAAAUGGUUAGUAUACUAUAAAAAUUUAGAUAAAGUUUUUUGUUUUUG